GGUGGGGAGACAGGAUCGAAAAUGGUGGGGAGUGUAAAGAUAAGAGUAACUUUACCCGUUGUAAGUGUGUGAUCAUCAACGAGCAGUGAAAAAACGGCGAGAAGUAAAGAAAAAAAAUUAAAAAUAACAAAAUCGAAAAAAAUUCAGUAACGUUUUCUUCAGUUCGCCAUCAAAACUGUUCAAGUCGCGGAUUCAGAUUCAAGUCCAAAAUGGAUGCGAUCAAGAAGAAGAUGCAAGCUAUGAAGCUUGAGAAGGAUAACGCAUUAGACCGCGCACUUCUCUGUGAACAACAAGCCCGCGAUGCCAACACCAAAGCUGAAAAAGCUGAAGAAGAGGCCCGCACUUUGCAAAAGAAGAUCCAAACCAUUGAAAAUGAUUUGGAUCAGACACAAGAACAAGAAACUGCCGUCAAUGGCAAACUUGAAGAAAAGGAAAAGGCCCUCCAAAACAAACAGCGAGAGAAUAAAAUUCGUUUCCAAGGCAUGAUGAUGAUCGGGGUUUUGAGGAGUAAUCGUAAAAACACCAGUCGCGUUUCAAAUCGUUCAAGUAAAAUUCAAAUUUCGUUGACGCUGAGUAAAAGAAAUAGUUGCUCGAAGCGAGUUAAAGAAAAAGAAAAUCGUACGACGAAAAAAGCAAGUCGACCAUCGGCGGUGAGAAAGUCUUCACUCAACAAGACAAAUAAAAAGAAUGUGAUAAAAAUUGAUAACGAUAUAAAAAUGACUGAAAGAAGUGCUCAAGGAUCAACACGGUCUCGACGUGGUCAUCAAAAUCAUCCAAAAAAUAUGGGCAUGAGGACAUCAAACGUACCAACGAGCGAAAUUAUUCAGGCACUAAGAGAUGGGAGAAAUCUUGAGACAUUGUUCAAUCAACAACAAACAAAACAAGUGACUGAUAAGCAACUGACAGCUAUUAACAGAAACAUAUCAAAGCUUAAUGAGAAAUGUGAUGAUUCCAAUAAGGACUUGGAAAAAAGUAAUUGUAACUUAGACCUCAUAAAUAAACGAAAUUCCUCGUCAUCGUCAUUAAAUUCAACACCGUCCGAAAAGAGCGGAAAGAAGUCCAAUAAGAAUCAUGAAGGGAAGAAAAAACGAAACAAAACAUCACAAACUGACAUCACAAAGAUAGCACGUCCUGCAGCUGAUGGAGCGGAAGAUAUUACUGAUGAAGACGACGCUGAAACAGCUGAGCUGGCGAAACUCAGAUGUACAAGCGAGAGAACUGAAGUGAUAGCAGAACGAGAACAUCGAAGACAGAAGAAAUGUGCCGAUUAUCCGGGUCUUGCUUUUGGCCGUUCCAUUUUUAGUUCCGAUUCGAUGAUGAAAUUCAACAUCAUUCGAAAUGAGCUUCAAAAUAUUAUGAAUAAUCAACUCAGGAGGAAAAUGACGACGAAUUUGCAACAAGGCACUCUUCUUGACGUUCUCAAGAAGAAAAUGCGUCAAACAAAAGAAGAAAUGGAACGCUAUAAGGAUGAAUGCGAGGAGUUCAAUCGCAAACAUCAGCUUGAAGCGAAAAGACGUGAAGAUAGUAAGAUGAAUUCAGCCUUUACUUUUCAUCGUACAAUUAACAGUUACUUCAUUCGUAAUAAGCAUGGACAAGAAGAAAAACCAACCGAAAAAAAUACCAUUUUGAAUGAAUAUCAAUCUGAAAGAAUUUCAAAGAAAAGACUUCGUGGCAUUGAGACAACAAAAUUUAGUUAUUUAAGGCACAACGACGACGUUGAUUUUCUUUGGUUGAUCAGUUUUUAUGUGACACAUGAUGAUGAAUUUUUGAAGAAUGAAUAUCUGAUAUCCUUACAAUUAAGUCAAUUCGAAUAUAAAUUUCGUAAUGAAUCUCAAGAAAUAAAAAUUCUUGCAUUGAAUUUCAAUCAAGAAAUCUCUCAAGUCGAAUCGAAUUGUAAUUCUCUUUGCUUGUUCCCAUUUGCGGAACGAUCUACUAAAACAUUGCAGGCUGAAUCAGAAGUCGCUGCUUUGAACCGUCGUAUUCAAUUGCUGGAAGAAGAUCUCGAACGUUCAGAAGAACGUUUGGCUUCAGCUUCUGCCAAAUUGUCAGAAGCUUCAGCUGCUGCUGAUGAGUCAGAACGAAUAAGAAAAGCGUUGGAAAAUCGCACAAACAUGGAAGAUGAUCGAGUGGCAAUUCUAGAGGCUCAGCUCGCUCAGGCUAAAUUGAUAGCUGAAGAAGCUGACAAGAAAUAUGAAGAGGUUGCCAGGAAGCUGGUAUUGAUGGAACAGGAUUUGGAACGCUCCGAAGAGAAGGUCGAACUUAGCGAAAGUAAAAUUGUUGAACUUGAAGAAGAACUCCGUGUCGUAGGCAAUAACUUGAAAUCUUUGGAAGUCUCAGAAGAAAAGGCUAACGCAUCCCAUGAAACUGUCGAAGCAAAAGUUCAUCACAUGAAUGAAAAAUUAACAGCUGCUGAAGCCCGCGCUGAAUUUGCUGAACGUUCCGUUCAGAAAUUGCAGAAGGAGGUCGACAGACUUGAAGAUGAACUUAUAAUAGCUAAGGAGCACUUUGCUGAAAUAGGAGAUGAUCUUGACUUUACAUUCGUUGACUUAAUUGACGGUAUUAGUCCAAUUUACACAUACCGUCGACCAAAACCACCAACCCCACCUCCAAAGGAACCAACGCCAUCUAAAAUAGAAACACCUGCAACAACUGCUGAAGGAGCAGCAGCUGGAACAGAAGGAUCUCAAGCUGAUGGUGCAAUAGGAGAAGGAGCUCCUGGAAUUUCAGCACCACCUAAAGAACCAUCACCAUUCGAGCUUCAGAAACAUUUCCCACCAGAUGGUGCUGAAGUUCCGUUUGUCAAAUCUCAUGAGAAUCCAAAUGCACCAGCGCCUUCUCCAGCACCAGAAGAGUCAACUGAUGCACAAUCAGCAGAGGCUGCAGCAGAAGCUUCCUCUGAAGCUCCAGCUGCUGAUGCUCCAACAGCCGAAGAGAUAGGAAGUGGUGAUGCCGAAGGUGAAGUUCCAGCUUCUGAAGCACCUGCUGCUGAUGCUGUAGCAACAGAAGAAGCACCAACAGACAUGGACGCGAUCAAGAAGAAGAUGCAAGCGAUGAAGCUUGAGAAGGACAACGCUCAAGACAAAGCUGAUACCUGUGAGGGACAAUACAAAGAUGCCAAUGCAAAAGCAGCAAAGGUUGAAGAAGAAGUCGCCGAUUUGAUCAAAAAAUUAGCUCAAAUUGAAAGCGACCUUGAAGCUCACAAAAAUGCUUUGGAACAGGCCAACAAAGAUCUCGAAGAGAAGGAAAAAUUGUUGACUUCCACUGAAUCAGAAGUUGCUGCUUUGAAUCGUAAAGUACAACAAGUUGAGGAAGAUUUGGAAAAAUCUGAAGAACGUUCCGGAAAUGCUUUGGCCAAAUUGUUGGAAGCCACACAAGCUGCUGAUGAAAAUAACCGUAUGUGCAAAGUAUUGGAGAAUCGCUCACAACAGGAUGAAGAGCGUAUGGAUCAAUUGACCAACCAAUUGAAAGAAGCUCGUCUCCUCGCUGAAGAUGCUGAUGGCAAAUCUGAUGAAGUGUCACGUAAGUUGGCCUUCGUUGAAGACGAAUUGGAAGUCGCUGAAGAUCGUGUCAAGUCUGGUGAAGCCAAGAUUAUGGAACUUGAAGAGGAAUUGAAGGUUGUUGGUAACUCAUUGAAAUCAUUGGAAGUUUCAGAAGAGAAAGCCAACCAACGAGUGGAAGAAUUCAAACGCCAAUUGAAAUCAUUGACCAGCAAGCUUAAGGAAGCUGAGAAUCGUGCUGAGUUGGCUGAAAAAACAGUCAAGAAAUUGCAAAAAGAAGUCGACAGACUCGAAGACAGAACGAGCUCGGUCUCAACAAAGACAGAUACAAGUCUCUUGCCGACGAAAUGGAUUCUACAUUCGCCGAAUUGGCUGGUUAUUAAGAACCAUCAUCCCCUCAUAUCAUCAAGUUCUGAACAUUUUAAUGACGAUACUGUGUGCGUGUUUGUUCCUGCUGUUCUUGGAUUGACAUUAGCGGCAAUUCUCGCAGUUGCAGCAUGCUUUUGUGCACGUCGUGUAAGACGUCAAAAUAAGAAAUCGAAUCAUGAGGCUGCAUUUGCUUUUCAACCACCACCACGACCAGCACGUGCUGUACGAUCUCCAAAUGGACAAACAUCUCAUUAUUUAAAGAAAUCGCCUUCGCCCACGUCAACUAAACCUUUACCUGGCUUACAAUCACCACAAACAGAUCCCCUGCCACUUCAAACUUUAACAACAAAAUAUUCGGCGGAAAAUGAAAUAUCAAAUGUUAUAAAUGAAGCAAGGUCAUCACCAGAUCAUGAACAAGUUGAUUGUGGCGAAUACGGAAAAUUAGGAACUUUGGUCUUCAAACUUCGUUAUUUAGUAGAACGCAAUGCUUUGGUCGUGUCAGUUGUGAGAUGCCGUGGGUUGCCUUCUCGCAACAUUAAUGGCAGUUUGACAGUCUCAUCUGAUUCAACAAAUGUCGGACAAUUGGCAAAUGGAAAGACCCAAAGCGCAACUGCUACAGAUCCAUAUGUCAAGCUUCAACUUUUGCCUGAUAAACAACAUAAAGUGAAAACUCGUGUUGUAAGAAACACCAGGAAUCCUGUUUAUGAAGAAGAUUUCACUUUCUAUGGGCUCACAAUGAAUGAACUACAAACAAUGUCGUUACAUUUUGUAGUACUGAGUUUUGAUCGAUACUCUCGGGAUGACGUCAUUGGUGAAGUUGUCUGCCCAUUUAACACAAUUGACUUACAACAGAUUGAGAAUCAGCAAGUGGCAUUGAGUCGUGAAAUCCAACCAAGAAGUUUGAAAAUUAAAUCACAAGGACGUGGCGAACUACUUAUUUCUCUCUGCUGGCAACCAGCCGCUGCACGACUGACAGUUGUUCUGUUAAAAGCUAGAAAUCUCCCAAGAAUGGAUGUUACAGGAUUGGCUGAUCCCUAUGUCAAAAUUUAUCUCCUUUAUAAUGGACAACGAAUUGCAAAGAAGAAGACACAUGUCAAGAAAAGAACUUUGAGUCCGGUCUUCAAUGAGAGUUUUGCUUUUGAUAUUCCAACAACAGAAGGGACAGGGCAAACUCUUGAAGGUGUUUCCCUAGAAUUGAUGCUACUUGAUUGGGAUCGAGUUACAAAGAAUGAAGUUAUCGGAAGAUUAGAACUGGGUGGUCCUCGAAGUGUUGGUUCAACUUUGAAUCAUUGGAAAGAAGUUUGCAAUUCACCACGCAGGCAAAUCGCAGACUGGCACAAACUUCGAGAAUAAAUUGUUAAGAAAAACAAUUUAAUAUAUUUAUUUUUUAAAAAUUGUUAGAUGCUUUUUUAUCAAGUUUAAUUUAUUCAUGUUUCAAGUAGAUGCAUUUUAGUUAUUUAACUUAACUCAAAAUUCUAUAGUUUUUUUUUGUAUUCAAAUUUGAGUUUUCAAAAAUAGUGCAAGAUAUAAAGAUAUAAAAUCUAUCUGUAGUUGUUCAGUAAAAUGUUAAAAUGAUAUAAAAUCAUAAUAUAUGAACAAAAGGCAUUUUAAAAGAUAUACCUAAUCAUUAUCUGGUAAAAACUUUCAGGGAAAAUGUGAAAGUUUAGUAGAAUAACUUAACUAUAAAGCUCUUUUGAAAUCUUUUAAUAUAUAUGAACAUUUUCUGAACUAAACAUUCCCACUUCAUUACAGUAAAGUACAUAAUAUAUAUAAAAGUUGUAUUAUAUUAUAU